AUGGAUAAUAAAAAUUGUGGUAAUAUUUGGCAACAUGGUUUCACUUUAUCUCAACAUGAUGAAUAUCAUUAUCAUGUUGAAAGUGCGCCUAUUCCAGUUUUACGUGAUCCUAUACGUGAUGCUACCACGUCAUCAUUCUUAUUUUGGGAUUAUGAUCCAACAUUUUGCACCAAUAUCGGACAAACUGUUAGCAAUAAUUUUACUGCACCACAUUGCAUUGUGCCAUUAUCACCGAUUCCGGAUUCCAGCAGUAGUUUUACCACUUUACCAGUACGACAAAUGAUAAAAACAGCAACUACACCAAUUUAUUCAAGCUCUCAUCCAUAUACUGUCAAAGAUUUCAGCGUACCAUUACCAACGAGGUUUUCUUCUGAACAAAGCUAUCCGCUACUAUCAUUUGACACAUCUAAUACACUAUCAACUCCUUCCAUACCCCAACAAUCUGCACCACGGACAAUUUCUUCAGUUAUAACAAAGAAAACAACCGGAGAACAACUAUGUCAGGUUUGUCUUGCUGCUGCCUCAAACGGAUCGCAUUUUGGAGCAAAAACAUGCGCUGCAUGUGCUGCAUUUUUCAGACGAACAGUUAGCGACGAAAAGAACUACAUUUGCAAGCGAUCACAGCGUUGUGAUGUAAAGUUAAAUUACGCCACUGGCUAUCGAAAGAUAUGCCGUAGUUGUCGCAUGAAACGAUGUCUUCACAUUGGAAUGCUUCCAGAAAGUAAGCAACUUUGUAAAUAA